GAAAGUUGUUCGAUCAGAAGCAAAUUAAGCGCAUACACAAUCAACUCAUGCAGUACCACUGACUCGACGCACUGAUUACGUGAGAUGAUACAGUAGCGGUAGUAAAUUGGUGGAAGCGCGUGUUAUAACACAACUAGCGUUUAAUCGCUUUAUUUUUUGACAGCGGAACACGUUUCAGGACCUAACAGAUUUGAAAGAGAACAGUAACGUUAGCUGGCUAACGUUAGCAGCCAUGGCGGAGGUCCCAGGUACUUCUAACGUUAGUGAAACGAUAACGGAGACGGUCCAGACCAACACACCGCCACCGCCCCAGCAGGAGGGUCGAAGUCUGACCAUAAAACUCAGGAAGCGGAAAACUGAGAAGAAGGUGGAGUGGUCCAGCGAUACGGUUGACAACGAACAUCUGGGCAGGAGAUCAUCGAAAUGUUGCUGUAUAUACGAGAAGCCACGUCAAUUUGGCGAGUCGUCCACAGAGAGUGAAGGGGAGGACGACGAGGGGUGCGGGAGUGCACAUUGCAUCAUGGGCCAUGGGAGCCGGCACAGAGAGUGUGGAGGAGGCGGCGGUGGUGGCGGUACAGCUCCCCCUAGCUCUGGAGGUCCACACACCCACUGAUGCACGUCAGUGUAACUGGUGGCCGGCUGGUGGGGGUUUGCAGUCUGUGACCGUCAUAAAGAUAGCUCUACUCACCCCUCAUUGCACUCAGUCACUGCAUUCCCUGGAGAGAAUGAGAAUCACACACAGACACAGGCUCUGAUGCAAGAGAACCAAACAGUUUUCACAAUCACAAUGCUUCGGAUGUGUGUGGCAGGGGAGUAAAGGGUGGGGUGAGGUUAAAUAUUGUACAUAUUGAUCAGUUUUUGCCUCUUUUUACAUAGUUGAUUUCCCUUUAUUAUUUAUUUGUCUGUCUUAAUAUUAGCUUUAAGUAGAGUGAAUUUUAGUCAUUUCGUUAGAUGGCGCCCUCAGAGGGAAUGUCUCCAUGCCGAGCAUCUUGUGCUUCAAGAGGUUUGGAUUGUUUUGGCCUCCUGGCCAAGUGCCUUUGGCACUGUCCCUGGUCAGUGGUGUUCUCCUACCAUCUUAUCACUGUACAAUAUAAUAUGACCAAAUUAGAGAAAACACUUUAAAUACUGAAAACAUUAAUUUUACUACUCUAUAACAUAACAAGCAACUCGAGGCCAUGAAGAGUUGACCACAUUUGUGAAUUCCCUAACAGCUUUGCAUGGACACAAGCCAUGGCAACUUGCUGCAGACUCCACAUAGUUCUGACAAUCUGUGUGCUUGAUACGAGUGUGGCCUAGCUUAUGGCUUAGUGUGUUAAAGGUGCACGCUGCACCUGUUGUGAAUACAUACAUGUAGAUUCCUUUAAGUACUCAUCUGUAAUCUGAUGAGGCUUCACCCAUGGAAGCAGAGAAGAGUCUGAACAGCUGGUAUUAAUAUACCAGGCUGUUAAAACAGAGCUGAUUUUAACACAUUUUGAUUCCUUUCCACUUUUAAUUGAGACAGAAGCUAUAUAGAUAAAUCAGUGAUCAAACAUGAGACUUUUCCCAUUUUCACGUAUGGACAGGCGGUGGACUUGGCUCUCGUGGGCAGACCUCCCCUAUACUCAGCUCUCGAGUCGCACGUGAACACAAAUCUCGGCAUCUCGCACGCCACCGCUUUUAAAAACAAAAGGCUUCUGACGGGUGCAGUCCUCAGAUUGGUCUCUCAGACUGAACCAGAAUUCAUCCUAAGCACAUCACGUGACAUUUGAAGCCUCUGGCCCCAGAGCACUGCUAAGCUGAGUUUAAGGGCCAGGUAAUAUGCUACAUGCAUGUAGUUCAGGGUGUGGCCCUGCCCUGCACCAGACACAGCAUCAGUGUGAGAGUCAGUGUGUGUGUAUGAGGGUGGGUGCAUGGCUAAUUGCUGUCUGAAUUGGCGUGUUUGUGAUUCAUGUCUCCUGUCCAGCUUUUGGCUGGACCCUGCCACCUGGUCAUUCGUGUUCCACUUCUGACUGCUUAGCCUCACAACACCGGAAUCUCCUACCAGUAUAUGCCACCAUUUUCUACAAUAAAACCUGCAGUAUGUAUGUACUCUGAUGUUACUUAACUAAUGAUGCACACGUGUGUAUAUAAUGAAAACAUAACAGAUUUAAUGUGAAUAAAGAGGUUUGACCUGUGA